AUGGCUCCCUCCUUCUUGCGCAAGACUUCUGACGGCUCGCCCGCCACGCCUGAGCGCUUCCGCUGCGCCGUCUUCAAGUCGCAGGGUGCUCCGCUCGAGUUGACCACGGUCGACUACCGCAAGCCUGGCAAGGGCCAGCUCGUCAUCAAGGUCCACGGCACGGCGCUCUCCAACAACGACGCCAUCUCUGAGCACGGCCUGCUCAACAUGUACGCGACGUUCCCGAGGACGCCCGGCAUGUACGCGGUCGGCGAAAUCGUCCAGCUUGGUCCGGGAGCUGUCGAGGGCGGUUCGACCGGCGGCGUCCUCUCGGCGCUCCUCUCGAGGCUCACGAUCGGCAAGACGAAGGAGAAGGAGGGCGAGGAGCCUGCCGUCCACCACCGCUUCAAGACGGGCGAGAAAGUCAUCAUCUCCGCCACGCACCAGUGCUUGGGCGAGUACUGCACCGGCCGCGCCGAGUCGACCUGCCCGCUCAUGGACAACUGGCCCAUGUUCGAGCAACUCGUCGUCGCGACGUUCGGCGGCAAGGUCCUCGACGCCUACGAGCGCCACGCCGAAGAGUGGGACCGCAAGUCUUCGGACGAGCGCCGCGUCCUCGACGACAACAACGACAGGAUCGGCUUCGCCGGCGACGGCUGCAUCGUCGUCCUCGGACAGGGCGGUUACGCCAGCCUUGCGUACCACCUCCUCAGGGCCGAGGCUCGCCGCGACGAGCGCAUCGUCCUCGUCUCGACCUCGAAGAAGCACCGCCCGGACGACUUUGGCAUGCCGUCGGAAGACUACCUCCUGGUCGGCCAGGAGGGUCUCGUCGACGCGCUUCGCAAGAUGGGCGGCAUCAAGCUCGCCAUCGCCACGGACCAGCCGCACGAGGGCGCCGUCCAGAUGCUCGACGCGAUGCGCUACGGCGGCGAGAUGGUCCCGCUCACGCUCCACGAGGACGGCAAGAUCGAGCGCCCGAUUGCCCACCUCAUCGCCCGCUCGCUCGUCGUCCGCGGCCCCGUCGACCUCCACAGCUCGUCGAUGCACCGCGCCCUCCGCAUUUGCGAGAAGCACGGCCUCGACCGCCACGUCUCGAUUCGCAAGUUCGCCUUCACCGAGGAAGGCGUUCGCGAGGCCUGGGAUGCGACCAAGAACCAGAGGGACGACUUCUCGGCCAAUGUCGUCGUCUUCGACACCCAGGGCGAGUCGAGGCACGCCGCCUGA